AUGCCAACCGAACCAACAACCUCGUCUUCUGGGAUCACCACAGACACCACGACCGGCGAACGCCAUGUACCCUCCUCUCUCCGCGCCGAUGGAUCCGUUCGUCGAGAAAUACGCAUCCGGCCCGGCUACCGGCCCCCAGAGGACGUCGAGCUCUACAAAAACCGAGCAGCCGAAUCAUUCAAGAAUCGUGGUAGAGGCGGUGUUCCUGGCGCAGAGGGACUGAAAGACGAUGAUUCCAAAACAUCCACGGCUGCAAGUGCCAAAAACGCGAAAAGGCGUGAGGCGAAGAAAAAGGCAAAGGCUGCCAGCGAGACGGCUGAAGAUGGCAAAGCCAGCGGCGGGAUCAUGGCCCAAGAUAAUUGGCGCGCCGGGACAGCGCAGGACGCGGAGACUGCCGUGGAUCCGGAAGUCGAGAAAGAGAAAAAAGCCCGAAACCUGAAGAAGAAACUCAAGCAGGCCCGUGAGCUGCGUGAGAAGAAGGAUAAGGGCGAGAAUCUGCUUCCCGAACAGUUUGAGAAGGUUAUCAGGAUCAAUGAGCUGAUUCGGCAGCUGGAUGCUUUGGGUUUCGAUGCGGAGGGAGAAAGAAAGGUGAAGAACUCCGUUGACAAUACCAAAGAGAACGAGGAUGCAGUGUGA